AUGUUCAAGUCACGCACCACCGUUUCGCCUACGUUCACGGUAUCAUGGGCGACUACCACGUCGUCGUCGAUACUACGCGCCACGUCGGGUAUACCGAUCACCACGCAUUACACCAGCAACGACGAACAACAGGAGGAACUCGAGUACACCCCGUACGAGGAUCGACCGGAAACGUACAUAGUGCCGAUCGUGUUUCUGCUGAUACUACUGAUCGGGCUGACCGGAAACGGUGUACUGGCGUUAACUAUACUGCGGCACAGUAACAUGAGGAACGUUCCGAAUAUUUAUGUCUUUUCGCUGGCGCUCGGAGACCUGCUGGUGAUAAUGACAUCGGUUCCGUUCACCUUCACCGUCUACAUUCUGGACUCGUGGCCUUUCGGGCUGGUGCUCUGCAAGGUCUCCGAGUCCGUCAAGGAUAUAUCCGUUGGAGUCUCCGUGUUCACGUUGACGGCCCUCUCAGCGGACCGUUUCUUCGCCAUCGUCGAUCCAAUGAGGAAACUCCACACGACGGGUACAGGAAGAAGAGCCACACGGUUUACAAUGAUCGUCGCCGCAAUGAUUUGGCUGCUGGCCAUUAUGUGCGCAAUUCCAGCCUCCUUUUCCUAUAUCAAAGACUUCCGUGUGAACAAGAACGUGAGCUUUCACGUCUGUUACCCUUUCCCGAAAGAAUUCGGCCCGAAUUAUCCGUCAACGAUCCUAGUCUGUCGUUUCUUCAUAUACUACGUGAUCCCACUGAGCAUCAUCGCCGUUUUCUACAUCCUGAUGGCGAGACACCUGAUGCACAGUACGAGGAACAUUCCAGGGGAGAUGCAAGGUCAGGUGAAGCAAGUGAAGGCCCGUAAAAAAGUGGCCAAGAUGGUUAUGGCGUUCGUGAUAGUGUUCGCCGUAUGCUUCUUUCCGCAACACGUUUUCAUGCUUUGGUUCUACAUACAUCCGACCGCCCAGAAGGAUUACAACGCGUUCUGGCAUUGUUUCCGGAUCCUAGGCUUUUGUCUGGCGUUCAUCAACAGCUGCAUCAAUCCGAUCGCGCUGUAUUGCGUCAGCGGGACGUUCAGAAAGUACUUUGACAGGUAUCUGCUCUGUUGCAUCCCAAGGAGGAUUCACCGACGAAAUCGUGGGUCAUCCGAUCUGAGCUCCCGCGGUCGAGGGCAAAGUUUCUCGAUGGUCAGCUCCAGACGGUACAUGGGCGACUCUCGACGUGGUCAACGAAGCGUCAUGCACAUGUCCAUUCUGGGUAACGACGUUAGGACCAGCAUCCCGAUCAAGGAACAGGAGACGACCAUCAGUUUGACAGCUUGCCCGAACGGCGUCGAGGAAGCUCUCAGAAGUCAUCGAAAUUCCGCGACGGAACAGUAA